CUUCGACUCUCGGAAUGCAGCACUUCCUGGUUGCUCCGGGAUGCUGGUCCCAACGCGCCCGCCAUCCCUGUCACCCACAGCGCAUGCAGAGGCUCAGUCGGUGCGCCCGGCGCAAACCAGGGGCAUGCGAGAUGGCCUGGGAGCACCAGACGUACUGCACCGGGAACCCAGCGUCGAGGGGAACUUACAUCCUACAGAGGCGCCCCGCCCCCACCCCAUCCCCGCCUCCACCCAGCUCAACUCUGCGCUGAAGGAACGGGAACCCAAAGGCGUGCCCAGGAGGCCCCCGGGGACCCCGAGAAGGUUGAUCCCGCCAGGCAGCAGCGGCGCUGGCGCCUGCUUCAGACGCAGCUGCCAAGCUACUAACAACUAUCGGCCCCAUUAUACAAAUAAGGAAAUAGUGGCCCAAAACAUUGAAAUAACUUGCCCGAGGUGAUACAAACAAGAAGUAGGAGCUUUGCUGGCGUCAUCUCUAAACCUUCCUGCAACCCUUGAGUAGGUAUCAUGGCCAAUUUACAGGUAAGAAACUGAGCCUCAGAAAAGUACAACAACAUCCUCAGAUCGCUCACCUUAAAAGGCAGGAAACUGGAAUUUGUGUGUUGAUGACCCGAAAGCCCAAGCUUGGUAUAAUUCAGAAAUCAGGAGUAAAACAUAGACAAUUCCCAUCCCAUUCAUGGAACUGUCCAAAUCCAGCAAUCUUUGCCAUUUUCAGUACACUUAAAGUUUUAAGAAAAAAGAACCAGUUGUCAUGUGGCUUGAAUAGCAGCCCUUUGGGAAGAUAUUUUUUAAUAUGGGCCAGCCCCAGCCUUAUUACACAAUAUUGCCUCCUGCCAAGGCUGAAGGAAGCAAUCGCUCCACAUACACCAAACUGUUAAUAACGAUGACCACUUUAAAAAGUUUAGUGGAUAUUGCACCCACCAGACUGACAGAGUUACACAAUGUCUUAUUGCACACCCAGAGCAACAUGAAAUGAAAAAUAUAAUAGUCCAGCCCAAAGUAGGCCUAGGGGGUGAAAUUAUAGUCUGGAACUCCUUCUGUAAUCUAUACUUGCUCAGC